UGUAGUAGACGUAACCCCAACUUGUAUUCAUCAAUCCUGUUUGCAGAUUUGUUAAGUUAAAAUGAACUCUAUAAGAACAUUGUUAAUAAAAACUCGUCUCGACGCCGUGCAAUUAAGAAACUAUGCGUUUAAAAGUGAUUUGAAAAUAAAAUGGGUGCGUCCCGAGAAGAUUUCGUGCAUCAAACCGCAGAAAAGUGGCGAUUUAGAGCCGAUGCCGCAAAUCAAAAAUUCUCAGCUUGCUUACGAUUUCCGAAACAGCAAGGAAUUGGAAACUGCUGAUGAAUUAGUGCGACGAUUAUUUACCCUAGAGUUUCAGCCGCGUAAGAAGGCAACACAAGUGUACAUUAGAUCAGUAGUCGCGAAUGUGAACCGGCAUGAUCUUGACAAAGGUUCAAUUGAGGCAAGAAUCGCACGUUGGACGGGAGCUAUUCGUGCUCUUCAGGAACAAGCCGAGAAAUUCCCACGUAAUUUACGACUUAAAGUCAAUCUAAAGGAACUUAUCGACAAGAGAAAGAAGCAUUUGAAGUAUUUAAGAAGAUGGGAUUACAAAAAGUUUGAGUGGUUGCUGGAGUCAUUGAAUAUUGUCUAUAAACCACCACCAAAUGAAUUCAGAUGGGUAGUCAGAAGGGAAUCACUUGUGAAACUUACCAAAAAGUAUUGUGAUCAGGUGACUGAUGAUAAACUUGAGGAGUAUAGGAUGCUGCUAGCCCAAGAACAUCCUGCAUUCUUGGAAGAAAAGGCAAGGACCCUAGAAUUUCUUCGUGAUGAACAGAGGGAAUGUGGAAUGGAAGUCACCAUAACACAAGAGGAAAUUGAUGCUGCCAAAGCACAACUUCUGAAGAUACAGCAGGAAGCUUCUUUGAAAACAAAUGAAACAAAUUAAUCUAUGCAGAUAGUUAUGUAAAUAAAUAGUUAUUAAAUAUG